AUGUUCUUCCCAUGCCUUCCAAUUGAACAAGCAAUGUCUGCACCCACUGGAAACGUUCCUGGGACUGGGAAUGGUCCACCAUUGCCCAGAAUUCUCGAAGAAAACACUCCCCAAAUGGAGGCAACUCCCAAACAGCCUGACAAACAACCAACGAAUGAGGAAAGUCAUGUCGAAGGGAGUGUGUCAUUGACUCCACGAGAACUUGGCCAGGGGUCAAGGCCACCUAACGAAGAUUACUAUAAUCCCGAGAGAUAUGUGCCAAUGGUGGAGUUGGAUAAUCGAAGGUUGCGAGAAAGUUUGGCUAAGGCAAUGCGGCAAAAUGAAGAGAUGAUGAGGAGAGCCAUAGAAGCGCAGACCCCGCUACGCCGGGCUAGGGGACACCCACGAGAUAGCAUUGUGACAAGGGUAGCCAAACAAAAUCAAAUACCAGGAACUAGAGCGAGUGCUAGAAUUAAUCAUUCCGAGGUGCCAUCUCGAAAUCCCUCGCGAACCAACCAGCCGAGAGAAGUUCCGGUCCCCACUAGGAACAACCAAGUUCUCCCUCAAGAAGCCCGGAAUCAUAACCCAGAACCACCAAGGUCGACUGUGAACAACGAGAGACAACCUCCCUCUCCAAUCAGGCAUCCUCCUAUUGGAAAAAAAAUCAGAGUGCACAACGAAAUGGGAGUGCCAGAUGUGCCACAACCUCCUCCUCCGAGAGCAACUGGGGUGACCAUCAAUGAGCCAACUGGUGCCCCUCGACCUGCUGCUGCACCAGUCCCUCUAGGGAAGGGAAAAAAGAAGGCCACAGAGCCUAUUCUUGAGUCGUUGGACGAAAAGGGUACUGAUUUUACGCUUUUAGAUAGCCUGCCUAUUCUCUGUCACCUCUUCAACGGGGAUGACAUGGAUUCUGAAAACGUGUUAGACAUGUAUUGUGCUCUCGAGAUUCCUGAACCUUCUGCGAGCAAGAAGAAAGCGAGCAGGUGGCAUCAAGGGGAAAGCAGUAAAGCGCCUUCGGCCAAGAAAUCAUGUACCGCAGACCCUCCAGCAAACGUACCCUCAACAAAUGCCACACCACCUACUUCUCCCCUCGAGCGGCAAUCUCCACCUGCUCCAGUCGGGUCGACACCUUCCCCACUAGCCCCAGCUGCCCAGACACAGCAUGCUGCCCCUGCUUCCACAGGGGGCAACAUAUCGAGUCGUGCCCUAAGAUCAGCCAAGGACAGGAUGGCAACGAUUUUGAAGCAUGAACGUUGCCCAGAAGCGAUGGCUGGGACAGAGACGAUGGACGUCGAUCAUAUCUUAACUCGUGCUUUAAACAAGCUCGCGCAGUGUAAAUUGUGUUUUUUCUGUAGAGACUAA